GCUGCCUAGAAUAAUAAUAAUAAUAAUGGGUGUUCAGGAAAUGGACCUUCUUUCACAACUAAGUUUGCAACCCGGGUUUCAGUUUUACCCGACUGAUAAAGAGCUUUUACUUCAAUCCUUAUGCCGCAAAGUUGGUGAUAAUGAUUUCUCUUCACAAAUCAUUGCAAAUAUUGAUUUGUACAAAUUCAAUCCUUGAGUUCUCCCAGCUGUUAAUAUAUGGGGAAAGUCAUGGAAAAGGCGAACAUUUGCUUGAAGCUGUUGGUUGAUAGCAAAGCUCAUAGAGUUCUGUUUGCUGAAACUGGAAAAGACUUCGUUGAUUUCUUAUUUAACCUACUCAAAUUACCAAUUGGAUAUUUUGUUGGGCAGCCUAGUAUUAAAUCCGUGUUUGGUUCUCUUGGCAACAUAAUCCCAAUUAUGAAAAACUCGGGUGCUAAUUACAUGCAGCUUAAUGAGCUUGGUAAUGUCCAGGAUGUUAUGACAUGGAUGAUCACAGAUAAUCUCUUUGUUACACCAUCUUCUGCAGCUUCUGCGAUCCCUGUGCUAAAAGCAUUAAAGCCUCAAGUUGAUGCAGUAGAAGAAAGGAUUAUUGAUUUUCACAUCAGUGAUUUGGAGCACCAGUUCUUGCUGGUUUCUAUGAAGUCAAAAACAGUUCUAACUGACAUUUUUCUUCGGCAGACAAGUUGGAGAAAAUCCAAAUAUGGAGAAAACUGCAGUGUGAAGCUUAUAGUUGACAAUAAAGCUAAAAGAGUCCUCUUUGUUGAAGCUGGAAAGGACUUCUUUUGUUUCCUGAUCAGCUUACUUCAACUUCCAAUUGGAACUAUUAUCAACCGAACUACUACUGAUAGAAGUAUAAGAACUAUGGUUGGCUGUAUUGGAAAUAUAUACAGAAGUGUUAAAAAUCUAAAUGAAGCUUACAUGCACUCAAAUCAAACAAAGGAGGAACUCCUUUUGGCAAGUGGAUCAAAAUCUUGGUCGGAAGCCUUGCAGUUAUUGCACGAGCUUACAAGCAUCUCUAAAGCUACUCCAAAUAAGCUUUUGGAUAGUGAUGUGGGUUAUGUUAAAGGACUAGUCAUCUACAUGGUAACUGAUAAUUUGUCAGUAAUGCCUUUAUCUGUAAUAUUUGGCUUGUCGAGAUUCAUUAAGUGCGAUAAUCCUGUAUCAACUGCUAAGCUUGAAGUAAGGACUGUGGAGUUUGGUGUUAAUGAGGUAAAUAAGUGAACCUCUACUUAUGUAUUUUAACGGUUUAGGAGGUCAUUUACUUUAGUAUAUUUUAUUUAAGCAAAUUAGACUAGUUAUAAGAGUAACAAAGUUGUUGUAGGUCUAGGGAUGGCAGCAGGGCAGGGUAGGCAGGGCAAGCUGUGACCUGCUAAGCUUUUGACCUGUCCUGCCUUGUCGUAUUUAGCAUUUUUUUAAGUUUUUCCCCUGCCCACUUUGCCCUUUUAAGGGGGUGUUUGGAUUGGCUUUUAAGCUUGCCAAAUUAGCUUUUAAGUAUUUGACAAAGUUAAAAACGUGCUUAAAUUAAGUUUAAAACUGCUUAAAACAAGCCAAAAGCAAUAAGUUGGGCAACCCCAACUUAUUGCUUUUUUGACUUCAAUGAUAUUUCUGCUGAAAAAUCACUUUUUAAGCCAAUCCAAACAGGCUUUAAGCCCUCCACUGUCUUGACCUGUUUAGACUUCAUUUUUUAACUUUUGAACUUUUUAAUGAAAAUUUUACAAGAUUGUAUUCAAAUUUUACAACUUUUGACCUUUUUAAUGAAUCUAGGACUCCUUACUUAUCUCUGCCCUGCUUAUUGCCCUACCUUAUUUAAAAAUUUCUGAAAAAGUAUUUUGACCUGCCUUGCUCUACCGUGAACUACUUUUGUUCUUUCCCAUUGCCAUCCCUAGAAGGUCAUUGUGAUUUUGAAAACCUCAAUUUUUUUUUUGGUUCGUAUGAAGCUGUUGUGCCUUUAGUUAUUCAGAGUACUCUCUAGAAAUUCCUUGCAAGGGAGCCUUGGAGCAACGGUAAAGCUAUCUCCACAGGUUCAGGCGAUAGAAGCAGUUACUAACGCUUGCAUUAGGUAGGCUAUCUACAUCACACUCUUGGGAUGCGGUCCUUCUUUUAUUCCUUCGUGAAUGCGGAAUGCUUUGUGCAUUGAACUGCCCUUUCUAAAAGUUCCUUGCUAUACAAUCAAUGAAAAAGGCUUGUAUUUUAAACGUGAUUUAUUGUUUUUUUAAAGCCUGGAUUUGUUAGAAA